UGCCGGCUACCCGGGCCGGACACACCAGUGUAGCACAAAACACAAGCACUGUUCUCCACCGACACCUUGAGUAAUCGGCAAAAAUGGCAGGUCUGCUGAGCGGCAGCCGCCUCGCUCGCUUCUGCUUCUUGGCCUCCUGCAUUGCGCUCGCGGCACACACCUCCGAAGCCAGCCGGCGGGACCUCAUCGGCAUCAGCAUCGGCAAAGGCGGGGGGAUCAGCAUCGGCAUCGGCGGUGGUGGAGGCAGCUCGCCCCCGAAGCAGCAGCCGCCGUCGUCCGAGCCGCAGGCAUGCGACUUCGAGAACGAGCGGAUAUACAGGGCGUACCUCGUCAUCCAGAGGUUCAAGAGGACGAUUACCAGCGACCCCCAGUGCAUCACCAACACCUGGACCGGCACCGACGUCUGCGGCUCCUACAAGGGCUUCUUCUGCGAGAAACCGCCCAACGUCAACGAGCGGGCCCUCGCCUCCGUCGACUUCAACGGCUACAUGCUGCAGUCCGCCUCCUUGGUGAGCUUCGUGGACGCGCUCCCCGACCUCGCGCUCUUCCACGCCAACUCCAACAACUUCGGCGGCGUCGUCCCCAACCUCAGGGCGCUGCAGUACUUCUACGAGCUUGACCUGAGCAACAACAAGCUCGCGCCCUGCCCCUUCCCGACGGACGUGCUGGGGCUCACCAACUCCACCUUCAUCGACAUCCGGUUCAACAAAUUUCUCGGCGGGCUGCCGGCGGGGCUCUUCUGCUCGUUCCCGAUCGUGGAGGCCAUCUUCGUCAACAACAACAAGUUCGACGGCAAGCUCCCGGACAACCUGGGCGACUCCCCCGUGAACUACCUCUCCCUCGCCAACAACCAGUUCACGGGACCGAUCCCCUCCUCCAUCGCCCGCGCCGCCAACACGCUCCUCGAGGUGCUCUUCCUCAACAACAAGCUCAGCGGCUGCCUCCCGUACGAGCUCGGCCUGCUCGCCAAGGCCACCGUCAUCGACGCCGGCACGAACCAGCUCACGGGCACCAUCCCGGCGUCCUACGCGUGCCUGCGGAAGGUGGAGCAGCUCAACCUGGCGAACAACCUCCUCUACGGCGUGGUGCCCGACGCGCUCUGCCGCCUCGCCUACGACGGCCACCUCACCAACCUCACGCUCUCCGGCAACUACUUCACGGGGCUCGGGGCGUGCUGCUGGGACCUGAUCAAGCAGGGGAAGCUCAACGUCGACCGCAACUGCAUCCCUUAUGCGCCCAACCAGCGGUCGCACGACGAGUGCGCCGGGUUCUUCCACAGGACCAAGAUGACCUGUCCCGUCAGCACCCAUGUCCCGUGUUACCACAAGAGCUACGGUGUGGACGCCGCCGCGGAGGAGGCCAAGGCGGCGGCGGAGGAGGCCAAGUACCGGACCUACUCGGCGCUGAAACCGUGA